AAAAAAAAGAAAAAAAACUUAUCAGAUUCUGAACAUAACUUAGACGAAUCUAGCGAAAAAGAUAAGGGUUUCAGCAAUAUGACAACCAAUAAAAUUAUAGCGGACAUUGAACAAUAUCCAAGUAGCCAGAUACAUUUGAUUGGUCAAUCUUAUAGACAAUGUCUAAUGUCCGCUAUAUCUUUGAAUAUAGAUACAGACAUCUGGUUCAGUCUAUGUCCAGUUCGUGUCUGCAUGACAAUACUAGACUAUG